AUGGUUUCAAGUUUUACUAUUAGAACUUUAGUUGUUGGUGCUCUCACUGCUCCCUUACAAUUGCACCAUCACCACGCCAGAAAAAACUACCCAAAGAUGCUCCUGACUGAUCGAAAGAGGGGGACAAUUUUGAUUUUCUUGGUUAAUAGUCCAAAGGUUAUUGUAUUUUUUAAGUUUGUUGGUGCAUCAAACAUAUGCAGAACAACCGACAAAAACUUUGAAAUGAUUGAUGUUGUUGUUGAAGAGGUUGGACAAGAUAAUGUUGUUCAGGUCGUGACAGAUAAUUCGAUAAACUACAAGGCCUACGGUGAUAUAUUGAUGCGAAAGAAGAGCACAAUAUGUUCGACACCUUGUGUCACGCACUGUGUUGAUUUGAUGCUUGAAUAUUUGGAGAAAAAUAUAUUAGUUCAUGAAGAUACAAUUCCAAAGGAUUUGGGGAGGUCAGGCGCUACUCGAUUUGUCACAUCUUACCUUACUUUAGGGUGCUUGUAUGAGAACAAGAAAGAUUUGAUAAGAAUGUUCACUUCCAAAGAAUGGAAGUCGAGAAAAUGUUCAAAGUUAAGAGAUGGGAAAACCAUUGUAGAUGUGGUUUUGGACAAAAAAAAUUGGAAGAAUAUCGUUAUUUGUUUGAGGGGUGUGUCACCUCUCAUUAAAGUGCUUCGUUUAGUUGAUUGA